UUAUCACUAUUUGAUGAACGAAAGAAAUUCUUGACACGAUGCGAAUGAAUUGAUGCGUUGCGUAAAAAAAAAGUAAAGAAAAAUAUAACACAGCUAGAAAAUCUUGAGUUUAUGACAAAGGGAAACUGGAUGAAAUUGACAAUCAACUGACAAAGAAGGAAAUCUGGGGAAUUGAAUGAAUGGAGGUCGGAUGGCACGGGGCGGCCAUGCGAGUUGCACGGCCCUGGUUUUCUGGAAAUCGUCAGCGAUCCGGAGUCCGGGGCCAUUAAACGCGUUAUAUGAGUGUCUUGCAAUUUGAUCCUGCGGCGCUCACAGCUCAGAGUGCUCAGUCAGCUCAGUUCGGUCAGGUUCGGUGGACGCGGAUGGUGCAGGGUGCAGUGCCCUGAUCGGAUUGGAUUGGAGAGUAAUUUACGCGAAUUCCUGGGCAUCCGGGUCUUUGUCCGGUCCGGCCAGACCUCCUGGGUUCCUUUCCACGCCCGAUGCCACCGUUGUCUCUCCGCUCCCGUUGUCGCGCAGCAUCCGACACACACUCGUCGACGGUCGACGGUCAUCACGGUGUGCGCGAACACAGCAUUGUCUUGUCGAUUUUUCGAGUAAAUAAAUGCAAGUUUUUGAGUAAUGCAGGGCAUGAUGCCAGUUAAGACAAAAUCACGUGUUACUGAAAAUAUGGGGGUCACAGGUGGACUGGUAGAUGCCCGUGCCAAGCAAGUUUUAAGAGAGGCUGUAGAUGCAGUUGUUAAUAGCUUUGCAAAACAUAGUCAAGGUUAUGGCAGAGUAAAUGUCGUAGAAGCAUUGCAAGAAUUUUGGCAGAUGAAACAAGCUAGAGGAACAGAAUUGAGAAAUGGUGCAUUAGUUAUUUAUGAAUCUGUUCCUGGUGCCAAUCCACCUUACGUUUGUUAUGUAACACUUCCUGGAGGAUCGUGUUUUGGGAGUUUUCAAAAUUGUCCCACAAAGGCGGAAGCACGUAGAUCGGCUGCAAAAAUCGCACUAAUGAAUUCUGUAUUCAAUGAACAUCCAUCGCGAAAGAUUACUGAUGAUUUUAUUGAAAAAGCUGUCGCAGAGGCAAGGGCUAGUUUUGCCAAACCUUCAGCAACAUCCAACGGAGUUGGUAGCCAAGCACAAGGAAGUGGUGAUGAGAAAGAAGAUCCAAACACAGGUAUAGGUGCGUUUCGUUUUAUGUUGGAAUGCAAUCGUGGAAGAACAAUGUUGGAAUUUCAAGAGUUAAUGACAGUCUUCCAAUUGCUUCAUUGGAAUGGCUCUUUAAAAGCCAUGAGAGAGAGGCAGUGCAGCAGGCAGGAAGUAGUCGCGCAUUAUAGUCAUCGGGCAUUAGACGACGAUAUGCGUAGCCAAAUGGCAUUAGACUGGGUUGCUAGAGAACACGAAAGUGGUGGUGGGAUCGUGGCAAUGGAAUUGGCCUUAGCCGAACGUGAACUUGAAACUGCGCGAUUAGCGGGACGAGAACUUAGAUUUCCAAAAGAAAAGAAAGAUAUACUAAUGCUCGCACAUGCGCAGGUUUGUCCGCAGUGAAUUCUAAUGUGAACGUCACUAAAAUAAAUAAUGUACAAGACUGGUCUUUUGCAAGGAAUAAGUUUGCAAGGAAAAAAAAAAUAGUUUUUUUUUUAAGAUUUUAAAAGACCGUUUUACUUAAUUCUUUCUAGGGCUUAACUUUAUGGCAACGAAAACAACUUUCGUCCUUUUUAUAGAGCUUUUUUUUUAUAAAGCAUUUCUGGUGAUAAUAGAUCUUAAAUGGGAUAUUUUGAUUAUAUAGAAAUACUAAGUAUACAUAAAUAUCAUCAUUAAGCAUUAUAAAGAUAUACUGUGUGCACACAAUAUAGAACACUCGCAUUUUUAUAUAUUACAUUUUACUUGUAUGUGUAUAUAUUUUGGGACGCAAGGCUUUGUCUUCCAUUAUCUAUAUUUCGUAAGAUGUCUGCUUAAUCAUCAGAGUACAAUUCAAUAAGAUCGACAAAUAUAAUUUCGCAAUGUAUUUGGAAUUGAAAAAGGGUAUGAAAUGUGUGUGUGCGCGCGCGCACGCGUGUGAUAUUCACAAUAUAACUAUAAAUUAUAAAUU